CUCCGUACCUCGAGCCUCUCUCGACUUCACAACGACUUCUGCAUUCUCGCGAGUACAGAUGUUGACAGUCGCAGAUGCUGUGCAGAGUAUGCUCGGUCCGGCGGGCGAGAGUUGACCUUUUCCGUCAGCUCGCUUUUCCGUCGCAAUGGCACUUGGUCUCUGCAAGGACAUACUCUGCUAUUGCAAGCACACAGCGUGACUCUUCGGCGAAACAGAGUCCACGAGGCGUGGUCUCGCCUUCACUUUGGGCUGCUAACGGACUGGUUAUUACGACGGCGCCAUCACGCACAAAUACAGAUCAGCUGCUGGACGCGAUAACACAGAACGAAGUUAAAUCUGAUAUUCCGCCCAACUCCUCCGCUACACCAGUCCUGUCAUUAUUAUUGACCCCAUCUUUCGCUCAAAGCGCAUUCGAUCCGAAUAUUGCCUUGAAAGCAUGGAAACGCAUCACAGGACUCGAAGCCUUUCCCGGACCACUGCAUGCGAUCACAGCAGUUGUGGACAGAUUACCAUUCGGCAAGCGAAGUGCUGGGUCUGAAGGCCUGGCAUACCACCUUUCUUUUGAUCAGGCGCCACCAUCAUACCCUGAUCACGAACAACGACAGCCGAGAGUGCAGGGCCGGCAAGCGCAAUAUCAGGACAAACCAGGCUCGUUGACUUUCAGGACAGCUCCGGUUGGUGCGCUUACCUGGUCUGUCCAGCUCCCUUUGGCCCAGACAAUCUUCUCCACCGGUCGUGUGAGUACAAUCACGCAUACCCAGUAUGUCCCUGAUGCCUCGAAUCGGCUUCAACUGCACGAGUACAAGGAUUGCACAUCGGUGACUGUGUCCCUGCCGAGUCGCGGUGCAACUCAUGUCGGACUGGAUCUACCAAUCACUCCGCUUGCGCCGCCUCGUCUGGUGAGGCAUAGCAUGGGGAACAUCGUCCGUGAAGUGUCGAGCAGCCUGCUCUCCUCAGCUAUACACGAUGGAGAAAGCACGGCAACACAGCCGGCAAGCCAAGAAUUGGAACAGAUGAUAUCGGAGUACUUCGUUGCCAAGAAGAUGCAGCCACAACCGGUCGCAGUCUGGGCUUUGGUAGUGCCGUCUGAUCUACAGGGACAGUCUAAUUCGGACUCGACGACGAUGCUGAACAUGGAUAUCGAUCAGAUCAAGCGGUGGUGGAACCAUUCGCCCGACUCAAGCACACACGGUGAUUCUCUCACCCCUCUGAACGCCGAGAUUCUACGACUAGUAGAGCAGGGUGCGAGGAUCUGCAAAGUGUUGUCCGGCGGCGGUGGAUGGGGCAAGAAAGCGGGUCUGCUGAGUCUAGAUCCGGAUGCUUCUUACGAUCCUCAGAAACCACAAGGUCUUCCAGACACCUUUCAUUCUGUCCUUGAUGCCGCUACUGGCGCAGAAGCAUUCAAACACGCACAAGCCAAGGCGCUAGGCGAGACGGUGAAAGAAGGCGAUGCGGUCAUGUUCCUUCUCGGGCACCACGGCCCUCGCGAGCCGUCCAAUAGGCAGGAAUAUGAGGCGGUGGAAGACCAAGGAUCGCUCUUUGGGGCUCUGCCAUCUUCAAUCGAUGCUACUGCGAUUCCCGAACAGUCUUCGCCUGGAGGACUUGCGGAGGAGGCAUCGGUUCGGCAUUGUCCUGGCACAUUCGGGCUGCUUUCAGAAGGCGGGAUGGCAAUCACUCUUACUCCGUCUGCAGCCGGCCGGGGAAGCAGCGUGGGAUCAACAGGCGUCUUUCGAACGAAACUGGAUGUCCCAUAUGCAAGAUUGCAGUUUCGAAGCUACUCCACAAGCCGCGUCUCGUCUCAACAACCCCACGAGACAAUCGAUGUACCAGACAUCCUCCGCAAACAGACGAUAGUCUCCACUGCACGAUCGAGCGCGAAACCUGGUGCCUCGACCCGGGACCAACAGCCGACUUCAAACCAGCAGCGGCCGCAACACGCCAAAACACCGGCCCGGUCUUCAUCCCACGACAUCGAGAACACCGCGGCCACCACCAAGCCCACAUUCCGCAUCGGAGCCAGUCAACAUGCACCGAGGAAAGACCUCCUCCACUCCUCCGGCACGACCCUUCUCCCGCACGAGACUCUCGACGAGCCACUACCGUCCAAUACCAGGACUCCAAAGCCGGAACCAUCAAAAAAGCUACACUCACGCCCCAAACGAUCUUCCUCACCCGACAACGCAACCCUCACGAACACCCCCGAAAAGCAACGCCAAACCCGCAUCCGCUACGUCCAACGCACGUUUAGCAAAGGCGUCCGCCGCGUGUACCUCACGCCUGAGUCCUUCUCGCAGCAACACUCAGAGGAGCUGCACGAGCAGUAUCAAGCGCGAGCCCGCCGGCGGGCGGCUAUAAAGCAGCAUCGGAAGACCUCGGUGAUGCAGGAUGCCAUGAAUAGCAGUAGUGAUGCUUUCGGCUCCGUGGAGCCGCAGCCGUUCGGGGAGGAGGGCUCGUCGGCAUCGCUGUUGGAUGAGCGCGCCAAGAGAGAUUUGGUGGCUGAUGCGCUUGGGUUUGUCAGGAGGUAGGUUGGAAUCCGACGAGCCGACUGGGGACGGUGGUCCAUCAUGAUCGAGUAGGACUUCCACCGAUACUGCGAGGAGAGAAGGCAAAUACGAUGUCUUUUGAUACCCAUCGGAUAAGGAUUCCUGACGAGUGCGCCUCGAGGAAGCCGUGAAAUGCAAAAGCAAACGCCAGAAGCUACUAUGCUGAGGGUAUUGUGUGUGUCCUGCAGUCUUCCGCCUCUUCCAAA